AUGUAUGUGGAUACUUCAAAACCGAUGGAUAUUCCGAAUGAUAAAGGGAUCUCACCAAGUGAUGCUCAACCUCCUACAGGUCAACAGGCUCCGCCGUCUCCACAAAAUCCUCCAGGUCUUAGACAGCGGCGUGGAUCCAUUUUUGUUACAGCGCUAGCUGCAGAACAACAUGGUGCGUCAGGUACAUCUACAGACAGUGGAGGAUCUAUGAUAGUAAGACUUGGUAGAUCAAGUACCGGUGGAACAGGUGGCAUUACUGGCGGCAGCGGAAGCGGAGGCGGCUGUGGUGGAGCCGGCAGUAUAUCAAGUACAAAUGGAUUAGCUGGAAUACUAACUGAUCCUACAAAUAAUCUACCGGGUGGUGCUGUUGAAGGCGUUAUUGUAACUCCAUUUGCUCAAGUACUUGUUAGUAUGCAACGAAUACGGAGUGCAUUUAUUCGUUUAACAGCUGCUCAAGUAACAAAUAGAUACAACAUUUCUACUGUAUUCGAUUCGGGUUCAACUGAAAUUCUAACACCGGAUAGCGCUGAAUAUAAAGCAAUCGCUAAUGAAACACUUGAAGAAUUGGAAUGGUGCUUGAAACAACUGGAAAAUAUUCAAACAAAGCGACCCGUUUCAGAUAUGGCAUUUUCAAAAUUCAAACGUUUGCUAAACAAAGAGUUGAGCAGUUUUGGCGAAGCUGAUAAAUCUAGGCAUCAAAUAUCUGCAUACAUUUGUGAAACAUUUUUGGAAACUGAAAAAGAUGCUGAAGCCAAUGAAGAGAUUGAAUCAAUGAUGGAAAGACGACGUAGCAGUGGUCAAUCACACUGUUCAAACAGUGGACAAGACUCGGGCAAUGGAAAUAAACGGCAUUCAUCGAUAGCCAGUGAUGUUAACGCCAGUAUAUCCAGUGCAAAAUCACCUGAUUCCUCUUCAAAAGUAAAAUUAGAAUCUCCUGGUAGUGCAUCCACGGAAUCGCAUAAAGUUACCCAGCCAAUUGAUACAAACACGUCUUCAGCAAGACAGUCAAUGACAAAUUCAUCAAAAGGAACAAAUCUUGACGAGAAAUCCGCAACAGACAAUGUAUCAACACUUCCGAUUCACGGUGUUGAAACUCCCAAUGACAAAGAACUGGAAGAGAGAUUUACUCAAAGCUUAGAUGAAUGGGGUUUGGAUAUCUUUGAAAUUGAUCGGUUAUCCAAUGGACAUGCACUCACAACUGUAGCCUACAGAAUAUUUCAGAAACGUGAUCUCUUGAAGACUUUCUGUAUAGAUCCAAGCGUUUUUGUACGCUAUAUGUUAAAAGUGGAAUCCACGUAUCAUGCUGAUGUUCCAUACCACAAUUCAAUGCAUGCAGCUGAUGUUUUACAGACAUCGCAUUAUUUACUACAAGCAGAAACACUGGAUGAUGUGUUCAGUGAUCUGGAGAUCUUAGCUGUUCUUUUCGCCUCAGCUAUACAUGAUGUCGAUCAUCCUGGAGUGACAAAUCAAUUUCUUGUCAAUACCGGGCAUGAGUUAGCCUUACAGUACAAUGAUUCCUCUGUACUGGAGAAUCAUCAUCUUUAUAUGGCCUUUAAAAUUCUAAGUGAACCAGAAUGCGAUAUAUUUGCUAACUUAGGCGUUAAGAAACGUCAAACACUGCGUAGAAUGGUAAUAGAACUGGUACUAGCAACAGACAUGUCCAAACAUAUGAGUUUGUUAGCUGACCUACGGACAAUGGUUGAAACUAAAAAGGUCUCUGGAUCAGGUAUACUGAAUUUGGACAAUUAUGCAGAUCGAGUACAGAUUUUGCAAAAUAUGAUCCACUGUGCUGAUUUGAGUAAUCCAGCUAAACCGUUAAGAUUAUAUCGAAAGUGGACUGGACGCCUCAUUGAAGAAUUCUUUAGACAAGGGGAUAAAGAAAGAAAACUAUCCCUUGAAAUUAGUCCAAUGUGUGAUCGUGAAUCUGUAGCAAUUGAAAAAUCCCAGGUUAGUUUCAUUGAUUUCGUGUGUCAUCCUCUAUGGGAAACCUGGUGUGAUCUUGUCCAUCCUUGUGCUCAGUUAGUUCUAGACACCCUGGAAGACAAUAGAGACUGGUAUGAAUGUCAAGCAGAGGAUCCCAAGUCGAAAGGUGCUCAGUCUGCAAGACCAAAGUUAGCAACUGCAGCUGAAGAUGAAGAGGAAGUGUCAAUAACCUCAGGAACUUUAUGA